UUCUGAUUUUCGAAGGGUGUUGUUGGGAAAGGAUGUCGCCCACGAUUGACGAGUUGGCUGAGCAGCGGAGUAGCCAGGAAUCGCACGUUGCCAAAAAAACCCUGAAAGAAGAAAUAGAAACUAUUCUUCGGGAGCGCAUUAUGGUUUUGGAUGGAGGCAUGGGGACCAUGAUCCAGCAAUAUUCCUUAAGAGAAGAGGAAUUUCGAGGUCAGGAAUUUAAGGAUCACCUGAAACCCCUCAAGGGAAACAAUGACCUGUUGAGUAUAACUCAGCCUGAUAUCAUCUACAAAAUUCACAAGGAAUACUUGCUUUCUGGCGCUGAUAUCAUUGAGACAAACACUUUCAGCAGCACUAAAAUAGCACAAGCUGACUAUGGCCUUGAACAUCUGGCUUAUCGAUUAAAUAAAAUAUCAGCACAGAUAGCUCGAAAAGCAGCUGAUGAUGUUACUGCUGAGAUGGGAAGUAAAAGGUAUGUUGCUGGGGCAAUGGGCCCCACAAACAAGACCCUUUCUGUUUCCCCGUCAGUGGAAAGUCCUGAUUACCGGAAUGUUACUUUUGAUGAAUUGGUAGAUGCGUACACUGAACAAGCCAAAGGUCUUUUAGAUGGUGGCGCAGAUAUCAUGCUGGUUGAAACCGUAUUUGAUACAGCCAAUGCCAAGGCAGCUCUCUUUGCUCUCCAGAAGUUAUUUGAAGAAGAAUAUGAACCAAGACCAUUGUUUGUAUCGGGAACCAUUGUUGACAGGAGUGGUCGUACGCUCUCUGGCCAGACUGGGGAAGCGUUUGUCAUCAGCAUAUCUCACAGCGAGCCCCUUUGCAUUGGAUUAAACUGUGCCUUGGGGGCAGUUGAAAUGAGACCUUUCAUUGAAACAAUUGGAAAGUGUACGACUGCUUACAUCAUUUGUUAUCCCAAUGCAGGUCUUCCUAAUACCUUUGGUGGUUAUGAUGAAACACCUGAAGUGACUGCCAAGCACCUUAAGGAUUUUGCCUUAGAUGGUUUGGUCAACAUAGUUGGUGGCUGCUGUGGGACCACUCCAGCACAUAUCCGGAAGAUAGCUGAAGGAGUAAAGGCAUGCAAGCCUCGUAUCCCCCCUGCCUCUUUCUCAGAAGGCUACAUGUUGCUGUCAGGUCUGGAGCCCUUCAGGAUCGGGAAGUACACCAACUUUGUUAACAUUGGUGAACGCUGCAAUGUUGCAGGAUCAAGGAAAUUUGCUAAACUUAUAAUGGCAGGCAAAUAUGAAGAAGCCUUGUGUGUAGCCAAGGCUCAAGUUGAGAUGGGAGCUCAGAUACUGGAUAUCAACAUGGAUGAUGGAAUGUUAGAUGGGCCAAGUGCUAUGGCCAAAUUCUGCAACUACAUUGCUUCGGAACCUGACAUUGCCAAGGUGCCCCUUUGCAUCGAUUCCUCAAAGUUCUCUGUAAUAGAGGCUGGGUUGAAGUGCUCACAAGGCAAAUGCAUAGUGAACAGCAUCAGUCUGAAGGAAGGCAAAGAUGAUUUCCUAAGAAAAGCAAGAACAAUUAGGAGAUAUGGAGCAGCAGUGGUGGUUAUGGCCUUUGAUGAAGAGGGGCAGGCCACAGAAGCAAAAGACAAAAUUUCAAUCUGCACCAGAGCCUAUGACCUUCUAGUGAACAAAGUUGGCUUUAAUCCACAUGAUAUAAUUUUUGAUCCCAACAUUUUGACUAUAGGUACUGGAAUGGAGGAACAUAAUUUGUAUGCAGUUAACUUUAUCAACGCAACUAAAACAAUAAAAGAAAAUUUGCCUGGAGCCAGAAUAAGUGGAGGCCUUUCCAAUUUGUCUUUCUCCUUCCGAGGAAUGGAUGCUAUUCGAGAAGCAAUGCAUGGCGUUUUUCUUUUCCACGCAAUUAAGCAUGGAAUGGACAUGGGGAUUGUGAAUGCAGGGAAUCUGCCAGUGUAUGAUGAUAUCCAUAAGGAACUUUUGCAGCUGUGUGAAGAUUUGAUUUGGAAUAAAGAUCCAGAUGCAACAGAAAAGCUUUUGCAUUAUGCUCAGACCCAUGCUCAAGGAGGAAAAAAAGUGGUGCAAACUGAUGGAUGGAGAAAUGGAUCUGUAGAAGAAAGACUGGAGUAUGCCCUUGUUAAGGGCAUUGAGAAAUAUGUGAUUGAGGAUACCGAAGAGGCUAGACAAAACAAAGAGCGGUAUCCCAGACCCCUCAACAUAAUUGAGGGGGCCCUGAUGAAUGGCAUGAAAAUAGUGGGUGAUCUUUUUGGAACUGGCAAGAUGUUUCUUCCUCAGGUGAUUAAAUCCGCUAGAGUUAUGAAGAAAGCGGUUGGUCAUCUUAUUCCAUUCAUGGAGAAGGAAAGAGAGGAAAUACGUGUGUUGUCUGGCAGCACGGAGGAAGAGGAUCCUUAUCAAGGCACUAUUGUGUUAGCUACUGUGAAAGGUGAUGUUCAUGACAUUGGCAAGAACAUUGUGGGAGUAGUUCUGGGCUGCAAUAAUUUCAGAGUUAUUGAUUUGGGAGUUAUGACACCAUGUGACAAGAUACUUAAAACUGCUCUUGAAAACAAAGCAGAUAUAAUUGGCCUGUCUGGUCUUAUCACUCCAUCUUUGGAUGAGAUGAUAUUUGUUGCCAAGGAAAUGGAGAGGCUAGAAAUAAAGAUCCCUUUGCUGAUUGGAGGAGCAACUACUUCCAAAACUCAUACAGCUGUAAAAAUUGCUCCACGGUAUAGUGCUCCUGUCAUUCAUGUCCUGGAUGCUUCCAAAAGUGUGGUGGUUUGCUCUCAGCUUUUAGAUGAAAAUCUAAAAGAUGAUUUUUUUGAAGAAAUACAAGAAGAGUAUGAAGAUAUUCGACAGGAUCAUUACGACUCGAUCAAGGAAAGAAAAUACUUAUCUUUAGAGCAAGCAAGAAAUAAGUGCUUCUAUUACGACUGGCAAACUGAGACUAAACCAGUUAAACCACAGUUCCUUGGCACUACAGUCUUUGAAGAUUAUGACUUAGAGAAGUUGGUGGAAUACAUUGACUGGAAACCAUUUUUUGAUGUCUGGCAGCUUAGAGGCAGAUACCCCAAUCGGGGAUUCCCUAAAAUCUUUAAUGACAAAGUAGUAGGAGAAGAGGCAAAAAACAUCUACAAUGAAGCUCAAAACCUGCUGAAAAGUUUGAUUACAGAAAAUAAACUUAAAGCCAAAGGUCUUAUUGGGUUUUGGCCAGCUCGAAGCAUCAAAGAUGACAUUUAUUUAUAUGACACAGAAGAGGAGGUAGAAACUUUGGAACCAAUAGCUAAGUUUUAUGGCUUACGACAACAGGUUGAAAAAGACUCUGCUUCCACAGAUCCCUAUUAUUGCCUGUCUGACUUCAUAUCCCCCCUGGAGUCUGGUGUUUCUGACUACUUGGGGCUCUUUGCUGUGGCAUGCUUUGGAGUAGAUGAGCUGUGUAAAGAAUAUGAGAAACAGUCUGAUGACUACAAUAUUAUCAUGGUGAAAGCACUAGCAGAUCGGUUAGCAGAGGCAUUUGCAGAGGAACUUCAUGAACGCGUUCGGAAAGAAUUCUGGGCUUAUUGUAAAAACGAACAGUUGGAAUUUUCAGAUCUGCGUAAGAUAAGAUAUGAUGGCAUUCGCCCAGCACCCGGUUAUCCAUGUCAACCCGACCACACUGAAAAAAUCACUAUGUGGAGACUUGCCAAUAUUGAGGAAGCUACAGGUAUUCAGCUAACCGAAUCCCUAGCAAUGUUCCCUGCCUCAGCAGUGUCUGGUCUCUACUUUUCCAACCCGGCAUCUAGGUAUUUUGCUGUUGGGAAAAUAUUGAAAGAUCAGAUUGAAGACUAUGCCCUAAGAAAAAAUAUGCCUGUGGCAGAAGUCGAAAAAUGGCUUGGACCUAUUCUUGGAUAUGAAUCAGAAUAACAAAAUGGGAUGAUUGUUUGCGUGGUAAUCAGCUGAUAUCCAUAACAGAAAACAUUCACAAGCAAAAUAGGGAGUGUGUGUGUAUGUGUGUGUGUAUGUGUUGGGGGGCAGUAUUGUUUCUCUAUAUUAUACUGUCUAGCAGAGUCUACCAGUCUUGGGGAACAAAUGUGGGAGAAAAUUGCCCUUCCUCUUGUUUUCUGAUUAAAUUUAGUAUCAAUGCACAAGAAACAACUAUUCCGUGGGGAACACUUCAAAUGAUUACUCAGGGCAGCUAUCUUCCAUGGAAAAAAAAAUUAAUACCUAAUUGUAGAUUGUUUUCCACACCACAUCAGACCCACAGUAAACUGUAAAAUAACAAACCUAAAACAAAAUUCUUAGAUGUGAAGUGUAUCUCUCAGUUUUGGGUACCUUGGGAACUCAUGUUGUCCCAUUUACAUGCAUAUGCAUGUUACCAUGAGCUAUUUCAAAUAAAUAUACUCUUUUCUUUCUAAAUUUAAGAUUCUAAUUGGAUUUGGGGAUUUGAUGUGUGUAUAUGAAAUAUCCUUUGUUCCUGGUGUCUAAAGUUCAUCUUGUUUAAUGGAAUAGUUUGUAUUGCAUGGAAAACUAACCCAGAUAUUAUACUAAAUCUGUAAUUCACUUCACUGCCUUCACCUUCUGAGAAUAUAGCUGCUGGGCAUUGUUUUAUAGCCAUAAGAAUAAGCUCAACAAGUAUUUGCACUGAUAAGUCCCUCUGUUUGGGAGUAUUACUGAUAUUUAAUGAAGUUGUAUAUGUAUUUAAUAGGUUAUGAUAGAACUUUAGAUUCAUUUGGAAGAGGUGCUUCAGAAUGUGUUGGGCUGUCAAUGCAGCUUGUCUGCAAUUCAUAGCAGUCACUUCUUUCCAGAAGCAUGGGAUCAGGGAAAAAGACCCAGUUGUUUCAAUGAGACUAGGCACAUCAGUUACCUUUGCACUCUCAUGUAUUCUGAAGCACUUUUUCCCAAUUGAAUCCCAAGCAUUGCAUAGCUUUAAUAUUUAAUAGCAAAUUGGGUCAGAAAUCAGAUAUGUAUAAUGUGGGACAUUAGUACGCGCCUUGAUUCUUAUUUCCUUCUUGAUAUACUGGGCUGUAUGUCUGAAUAGUAGAGAAAUAUGAGCAAAAGGGCCAACAAUAGAGUCACCUCCCAAUUUCAGGAGACUUCUGUAUGCAUUCACCUAAACACUUCUAGAUGAUAUGGAGUUGUAUUUGUGUGUGCCCUUCAGACUUUUCCACUUAAAUUGUGGUGAUUGGGGUAUACAGGGUACCCUCUGUCAUUCUUGUGUUGACUUGUCUUUGUUCUAAAUAAUCUUCUUGAUUGCUCAUAAUAGCUCAACUAUUUACUCUUGUAGACCCAGGAAAAUCAUGCUCUUUUUGGAACUUUUAUAAUAUCUAUUUGUAAUUAUACUCACAGGUGGCUAAGCCUUCUGCUCUGUUACUACAGAAAUGUGCUCUAUUAUUUCUAUGUUUUGUUACAUACCAAGAGCUGCCAAAACAUUAGAUCACAGAUCUUUAGAUUUUUACAUGAAGAUCACAGUACCUUAUGCCACUACCAUAAGGAGGUCAGUUUCUUGAAAUCUCCACUAUUUUUUUUUUGCUAUCAAAUUGCCUUUUUGCAGGCCUCUGUGAUCAUGUGGAUGUAUCAUUAGCUGAAGGACUUAAACUAGUACUGCUAAUACUUUCACAAUAGGUUUUCAUACAUUUUAUUUUCUGGUUUUAAUUUGAGGAAAAUGUUUGUUCAUGGUAGACUACAAUUCAUUUGUAGACUUUGAUAGGUGCUCUCUAGGGCCUUGAUAAAACUAAGUUAAUUAAAUUUACAUUUCUUUAGCCUUAAUGAAACAAGUUAUGAGUAUUCAUUCAGACAGAUUCCAGUCUCAGAUUCUGUAAAUCUCAAACAACAAACUUAAGAGUAGAACUUAACUGGGAGGUCUUGAAAAAUCAAAUAGGUUCCCUUGCCACCCCCCAAAAAAACCUGAUGAAAUGUUUCAAAUAGUUCCUACAACACUUUCUUCUUUAGUACAUACAUGCCUCAAAUUGCCAGCCAGAUUUUAUGAAUAGACUAAACUGGGUGAACCAUGUAGCAAAUCAUGUUUACUGUUGACUUCCUUGUUUAGAUUGCUGCCUGAAAGGAAUGGAGGCCAACCAGUGGCCUGCAUUCCUUCCCUGAAACAGCCCAGUCACAACGUCCCAAUUAUCUUCCCAUCUCCUCCAAUCAAUUACUAUAUCAGUAUUUCUUCCUAGUGCUCCAUUCCCAAGUAUAUCAGCCUGAAUCCUGAUUGGUGUUAUGCAGGCAAGAGUUUCUUGGUUUGUAAAGCAGUCCCUAGAUCCUACCCAGCUGUUUAUGACAGAAGGACUAUUAUUUGCACAAUUUUUUAUAUUAUAUGGUUUGAUAUCUCUGUGUCAGAUUAUGAUUAGCUCAUCAGACUUCCCACCAUGAUAUUUAUUGAAUAAUGUUAAUAUUCUUUACUGGGCUUGUACAGGAUUUAGCACCACCAAAUUUCAAAUAAAAUCUCUUGACUAAA